AAUCGUUUUGUGCAUGAUCAAGAUGGCACAAGUGGUCAUUUUGGUUUUAUGCUGCGCGCUGGAGAGUUUGGUCGUGGGGCAGCACGCGCAGGACCGAGUCGGACCGUGGAUGCAGAGGAUCCAGUGGGAGAACAACGGGCACGUGUACAGCUUACUGAGUACGGGCAGUGAGUACCACUCACCCUUACACUCCAGGAGGGAGUCCCGCGUGUACCUGAGCAGCCGAAGCCAGGCGGCCAGCCCACUUUCUCCUGCAGAAGCGCGAGACGCUUUGGCGCACUUUCGCGUAACGACGUCGCACCCGGGUGCCAGCGGAACAGCGUCCGCGCUCACGGGACAUGACAACAGAUACAACGUCCUAGCGAGCGGCCGCGCCACAGGUGCCAGGUAUGCGCAUCUGGUCUCACCUCCAUCACGCCGAGGACUCACGGGGGCACCAGGCGCAAGACGUUACGCCACCGGUGCUGCGUCAAACAACACGAAUUCAGCGCCUCUAUCAGAAUACUCAGGAAGCGGCGUCCCGAGAAGAUCAGCCUCGAUCACUGAGAACCAAGUUGUCCAGUCGCCCAGUCCAAACCCGGAAAGUGCGCGCUUGGAGAGUAUGAACCCGCACCAGUCCUAUCCUGAUCCUCCGGUCAGUGUGGAGGAGAGCCCCGGUGAUGUCGUAGCUACAGCGCCUGGUCCACUCAGAAGAAGACACCAAGAAACGACAUCCGACAACAUGGUCGGCGAUGAUCCUCGGAACCCACUGAAAAACCACAGGAAUACCGUUUUCUAUAACGUGUAUCCAUCUGGCCGUCGGGUUGUCACCGCGCGCACGCGCCGUCCUCCACCGGGAACUGGGUACGGCACGAGAUAUUUCCACAACGGUCUCCCGGACCUCGUGCCAGAUCCGUACUCCAUUCAGGCUGGCUCCUAUGUUCAGCGCAUGCAGAUGUAUGCGCUCCGGUGCGCAGCUGAAGAGAACUGUCUCGCACGGUCAGCUUACAGACCAACAGUUAGGGACAUCGACUUUAGGGUUCUGCUACGCUUCCCUCAGAAGGUCCAAAACCUUGGGACAGCAGACUUCCUGCCUGUAAAACCCAGACACCAGUGGGAAUGGCAUAGCUGUCAUCAGCAUUACCACAGCAUGGAUGCGUUCAGUGUCUAUGAUCUAUUGGACAUAAACACUGGCCGUAAGGUGGCAGAGGGACACAAAGCCAGCUUCUGUCUGGAGGAUACUGGCUGUAGUCCAGGCUUCCGUCGGCGCUACGCUUGCACUGCGCAUACACAGGGUUUGAGUCCUGGAUGCCAUGACACCUACGCUGCUAACAUUGAUUGCCAGUGGAUCGACAUCACAGAUGUUCCUCCUGGUAACUACAUCCUUAAGAUCACAGUUAACCCAAACUACUUGGUUCCUGAGUCUGAUUUCUCCAACAACGUGGUGCGCUGUGAGAUUUUCUACAGCGGUCAUCACGUCCAGACUCAUAAUUGCAGGAUAACCAGGAACUAAAACUCUUGGACAUGUUAGUCAAUCUUUUCCUCUAAAUUUCUCGGUAUUUUGUAAGCUGGCAGUUUAUACAG